UGGCGGCUGUGAUGGCGGUUGUAGCGGCUGCAGCGGCGGCGGAGGCGCGGCGGCGUCUCCGGGAGGCCCAGGCCUGAGCUAGCUUGGGAGCCCGGGAUCCCAAAGGCCUACGUGCGGCGGCGACAGCAAUGGCUCAAGAAGAAAUGGACAUUGACCUUCAGGUGGUAGAAGGAGGUCCUGCUAUGGAACAUCGGGAGGAGGCCUCUGCUGACCCAUUCAUUGGGCAGGUGGAUGCCCCUCUGCUUCCUGGUCCUCAGGUGCCCAUCGAAGUGACCGAAGAAGUUGUGUCAUCUGCUGAGGAGAAUGUGGACCUCGGUGCCGCGGCAGGAGAAGAUACAGUAGGAUCUGAUGUCAAUCCCAUCCUCCCAGAGUCUGCCCUGAACUCUGUGAACAGCUUUAUUGACAGACUGCAGCAGCUGCAUGGGGUGCUGGGCCUCUUGAGGCAGCCCUCCCAGCAGAUGACGCAGUCAGUGCGAACGAGGAGGAGGACAGUCCGCCUGCAGAGGAGGGCAGGAGGGUCUCAGAGGACUGUGGACUACAGAUCAAGGGCACCACUGGACACAUACUUUCGGGUUAACAGGGUACAGCCAGUCCAGUUAGCAGACCCGUCCAAUCCUGAUGAUGAUGAUGAUGAUGAUGAUGAUGAUGAUGAUGAUGAUGAUGACCCUGGCUCUGAGGACAUCCAUGUGUCGAGUGUCUCUGACACAGAAAGUAACAGCUCCAGUGAGGAUGAGGAGGUGGACAUCCAGGACGAGGAUCCAGACGCUGUUGGGCUUGGAGUUUCUGGAGAGGUUCCUGCAGAGGCCCUUCCAGAGGACCCUUUGGCCCAGCUGGAAGCUGCUCCUGCUGCUGGCGCAGAGUCCCCCCUCAAACAGCAGUCCCCACUGAAGCCUGAACCCCUCCCUCCGCCAGCCGCAGCAGCAACGGGCCCCUUGGAGGAGGAAGACGGGGACACUUGUGCCAUCUGCUUUGAACAGUGGACCAGUGCUGGGGACCACCGGCUUUCUGCACUGAGAUGCGGGCACCUCUUUGGGUACAAGUGCAUUUCCAAGUGGCUCAGGGGACAAGCUGGGAAAUGUCCUCAGUGCAACAAGAAAGCCAAACGCUCAGACAUUGUGGUUCUCUAUGCCCGAACCCUAAAAGCCCUGGAUACCAGUGAACAGGAGCGCAUGAAAAGUUCCCUGCUCAAGGAGCAGAUGCUGAGGAAGGAGGCUGAGUUAGAAUCAGCCCAGUGCCGGCUCCAGCUGCAGGUCCUCUCAGAUGAAUGUAACAAGCUUCGAAAUCAUGUCCAGGAAUUGAAGGUUCUUGUGGCUCAGCAUGGGUCAACUUCUGCUCAGCCAGGCAGCUCCCAGCCGUGUUUCCCGAACUGUCUGCCUCUCAGCCAGAACCAGCACAAGUACCAGUUUCAGAAGGCCUUCACAGUGUCACAGGAAGGGAGGUGCCGCAUCAUGGCGUACUGUGACUCCCUGAGCUGCCUGGUGGUGUCCCAGCCCUCUCCUCAGGCCACCUUCCUUCCUGGCUUUGGAGUGAAGAUGAUCAGUAUGGCAGACAUGAAGAGCAGCCAGUACGUUCCGAUGCACAGCCGAGAGAUCCGAGGUCUGGCCUUCAACAGCAGGCCCAAUAGCUGGCUGUUGUCCGCGGCGCUAGAUAACACAGUCAAGCUGACAAGCCUGGAGACUAAUACGGUGGUCCAGACGUACCACACUGGCCGUGCAGUCUGGAGCUGCUGCUGGUGCCUCGAUGAUGAAAAUUACAUCUAUGCUGGGCUGGUCAACGGCUCCAUUUUGGUGUAUGAUUUGAGAGACACGAGCUCCCACGUCCAGGAGUUAGUUCCUCAAAAAUCCAGGUGUCCUUUGGUCUCGCUCUCCUAUUUACCGCAGAUGGCUUCAACAGCAUUUCCUGCUGGUGGGAUAUUGGCUGGAAGCUUAGAAGGUGCCUGCUUCUGGAGGCACAGCAGCAGUAACUGUUUUGACCCUCACAGCCUACCUCUGGAGUCGGGCGGCUGCACUGACCUCCAGGCAGAGAGCCGCAGUGGACACUGCCUUGUCACCUACCGGCCCAAUAAAAACCAUAACUCGGUGCACAGUGUGUUGCUGGAAUUGACCUGCAGUUUAAAUGAAGCUACUGAGCCAGUCUACUCGUGUCGGCCCAUUCAGACAUUCGUCGCUGGACCCACCUGCAAACUGCUGACCAAAAAUGCCAUCUUCCAGAGCCCAGAGGAGAAUGGCAGCAUCCUGGUGUGCGCUAGUGAUGAAUCUUCAAAUUCUGCCUUGAUCUGGGAUGCAGGAAGUGGCAGCCUUCUCCAGAAGCUCCAGGCAGACCAGCCUGUGCUGGCGCUCUGCCCCUUCGAAUUCAACCAGCACAGCUACUUGGCCACCCUGACGGAGAAGGCCGUCAGGAUCCACAGAUGGGAGUGACGAGGUCGAACGUCCGGCGCGCUGCAGCCCGGCCUCUGGCAGCCGCGUGGUUGGCACAGGCUCGGGGCCAGUUUGAACUGGAGCGUUCUGACUUUAAAAGCUGAGCGUUGGCACCAGUAAAGGGAGUGGCCGGGAGUCUUUUCAUGUACCUCUCCUGUGUGAGGCUUCAUUUGUUUUCUGUCUCUGGUCUCCUCUUAACUAGCGGGAUCCACAGGGCCUCCAGAGGGGAGGUUGUAUCAAGCUUUGGGGGUGUGGUGUGUGAAAGUUCCCCCACCCCACCCCCCUGCCCGGGUUCAUGUGAACUGCCUUUACAGAAGCCCUGUUUGCUGGUUCCAUUCUUAACAGGCACGGGAAAUCAUCUCUCUGAUGAGACACAAGGGAGUGCUAAGAAAUAGAGGGAAACUUGGAUUAUUAUUGACCGAGUAGCCCGAUGACGGGGGGCCCUUGAGAAACAGGGUAUCUUGUGUUGGGGCAUUGGCUCUGUGCAGAGUCCCUUGAGAAGGCUGCCUAGGCCUCUGUGACACGUAAGUUGAGGGGAGGAGGGGAAACUUUAAUUCGCCAGACUUCUUGGGAACUCAGGAUAAAUUUGUCUUAGCGUGUGAAGGCUUAGUCUUCCUUCUUCUCCCUUGAAAAAAAUGUCGGAAAAACGGCAGGAAUUAUGUCAAGGUUAAUUCUGUUCUCUCCAUCAAUAACAGCCUACAAAGAAAAGGCAAACAUCAGGGAUGGCAAAGGGAGGGGAAUUUUAACUGACAUAAACCAGGGAAUGUGGGCAGAAGGGUCUCUUCAAGCUAGUUAUUAGAAAAAUCCCAAUAUAGCUGUUAUUUAUGUACAUACCUGGGCUUGAGCGCUGCGCUGCUCCGUGAAAUGUUUGUGAAGCCCGGGUGCGCCGCGGCACGUGUAGUAUUGGUGGUGCCUCCCCCACCCCACCCCCCCAGCAGCCACCCCUUGCUGUCCCCCAGGCUUGUUUCUCCAGAGGUGCUGGCAGCAGAAUGGUGGCAUCUUUACAGAUAGUAGGAAAGGCCACUGCCGUGGCGGAGAGGCUCGGGCCACUUGUUCGUCCUGCAGCAGGAUUUGGUUUGGAUGGUUCUGUCCCUUUAAUGGAGGAUUCCUGUAGCCUGAGCUGACAACCCAGCAGUCCAGUCAGAAAAAUUUGCAGGUGCGGGCCUGUGGAAUGAGAAAGGUGCUGCUUGGCAUGCCCAUCUUUUCAGUACUCUCAAAGGUUGGAGGCUUAACAUAAUUUAAGGAAAGAUAAGGCAGCGUUGCUCCCCAAGACCCUGGAGCCCCCAUCAGAGGUUAUUCCCACUAGCUGGGGUGGCUGCGGUUCUCUGGCCUAAAUGUCCAAGAGCCUGCUUCACCCUUUGGUAGGUUACAGUGUUUACUAGAUUAAAUGCCCCGCUCAUCCUUCAGAUCAGCCCCUUUCCUUCCCUUCUCAGGGACAGUUUUUAAAUCUCAGCUUUCUGGACCUAUGAGAGAGAAAGGAGAAGAGCCCCCUUUUAUCAGCCAAAGAAGGCUCGUUUGCUCUGUUUUGAUUAUCAGGAAUUGCUGUCUAAAUCUUGGCCUGGGGCCCAGCUGGCAGCACAGAACUUGAGUUGGGCCUUUCAGCAACCAGACUGUUAGCAGAAAUGAUGAGGGCAGACACUGGGCACAGGUUCUCAGGCUUCAGAGAGGCCCUGAUUGUGGACCAAGAAUGGGGCUUAGAUUGUCCUCUGGGUCUGGGUAAUCCCGGAGCUAGCUGCCCAGCGGUUCAGGCACAUUGAGGUGACGUGCACCUGGGGAUGAGUUUCUGGCUCAGAAUCCCCUAGGACCAGAAAAGGAAGUGCUUUGGGCAGGCGAGGCAGACGUUUUGCCAGUUCUUGCUUGCUUGCUCUAUUACAGUGAAUUCAGGCUUUUUGCUGGCAGGUAUUAAGGAAAACAAAUAACUGAAUUUAAGCACUCCCUCAAAAUGCUUUGUCAGGAACAGGAACGAGAUUAUUCUCGACUUUACGGCCAGAACCAUUGGGUGCUGUGUUGACUGGUGUGAAGGCUGCAGUGAUGUGCACGGUACCAACAGCUCCUCCUACCUGUCAGCCCUCUAACACUUAUUCAUCAGAGGGUUGUUCAGUUAGAAAAUAGAUUAAGAACCUCUUUCUCGUGAGGGUCUGUGUCUGAGGAUCCCUCCUAGAGUCUAUAGGGUAUAUCGUUUGUGGCAUCUGGCACAAUAUUUUUAAUUUCAGUUACUUCCCAUCUAAAUCUUGGAGCUAAGUGGGCUCAGAGUAUUUGGAACUUGCUUUGCACCUAAGUCCAUACUUGCUGGGAAAAACAAGAUUAUGUGAUCUAAGAAAUCUUUGUUUAAUUGUACUUUUUUGUGUCCUCUGUGUAUAUGUAAAAAUAAAGAAUUUACAGUA